AUGCCUGGUGCUGUCGAUGAGAAUGGCCAAGCUGCCCCGGGCCGCCUGUUGCUACUCUCCAAUCGAUUGCCCAUCACAAUUAAGCGAUCAGAAGAUGGUAGUUACUCAUUUUCUAUGUCUUCUGGAGGUCUCGUCACGGGCCUCAGUGGUCUUAGCAAAACCACCAGUUUCCAGUGGUAUGGUUGGCCGGGUCUCGAGGUCCCUGAUAACGAAGUCGAGGGUAUGAAGCAACGACUGAAAGACGAGUACGGCGCGCACCCGGUUUUUAUCGACGAUGAACUUGCCGACCGACAUUACAAUGGAUUUUCUAACUCAAUUCUUUGGCCUCUUUUCCAUUACCACCCUGGUGAGAUCACAUUCGACGAGUCCGCUUGGGCCGCAUACCAAGAAGUCAAUCGCCUCUUUGCCAAGACCGUUAUCAAGGAUGUGCAAGAUGGUGAUCUUAUUUGGGUUCAUGACUACCAUCUGAUGCUCCUCCCACAAAUGCUUCGUGAGGAGAUCGGCGAAUCGAAAAAGAAUGUCAAGAUCGGCUUCUUCCUCCAUACACCAUUCCCCAGUAGUGAAAUUUACAGGAUCCUGCCUGUCAGAGAAGCACUCCUUACUGGGCUUCUUGACUGCGACCUGAUCGGUUUCCAUACAUACGACUACGCUCGUCACUUCCUUAGCAGUUGCUCCCGCAUUCUAGAGUGUCCCACGACCCCCAACGGUGUCGAUUGGAAUGGCCGUUUUGUGACAGUUGGUGCCUUCCCCAUUGGAAUCGAUCCCGAAAACUUUGUUGAAGGACUGAAGAAGCCAAAAGUGCAAGAACGUAUCGCUGCACUCAGCCGAAAGUUCGAAGGUGUCAAGCUCGUCGUUGGAGUCGAUCGCUUGGAUUACAUCAAGGGCGUCCCUCAGAAACUGCACGCUCUUGAAGUGUUCCUGACCGAACAUCCGGAAUGGAUUGGCAAAAUCGUUCUGGUUCAGGUUGCUGUUCCUUCGCGACAAGACGUCGAAGAGUAUCAGAAUCUCCGCGCUGUGGUUAACGAACUGGUCGGCCGUAUCAACGGAAAGUUUGGCACCAUUGAGUUUAUGCCCAUUCAUUUCCUCCAUCAAUCCGUCACUUUCGACGAGCUUACUGCCCUGUAUGCUGUAUCUGACGUCUGUUUGGUCUCAUCCACUCGUGACGGUAUGAAUCUGGUAUCCUACGAAUACAUUGCGACACAACAGAAGAACCACGGCGUCAUGAUUUUGAGCGAAUUCACAGGUGCUGCUCAAUCGCUUAAUGGCAGUCUCAUCGUCAAUCCUUGGAACACAGAAGAGCUUGCCAAUGCUUUACAUGACGCUGUUACCAUGAGCCCCGAACAACGUGAAGCCAACUACAAGAAGCUCGAACGCUACGUUUUCAAGUACACCAGUGCUUGGUGGGGUGCUAGCUUUGUCUCUGAAAUGACCCGUCUUAGUACUGAGGGUUCUCAGCCCAAAACCCUGCGCAACGUCUCUGGGGCUGUAAUCGGACUGGAGCAGAAAGCCCAACAGGCUGUCGCUGAUCUUGAGAAGAAGGCCGAGGAACUAUUAACCAUUGACGAGAAGAAGGAAGCCGAUUCCCAGACAGAGCCCUCUCAAUAA